AUGGCGUCGAGACCGGUAAAAAUAAACGAGCUUCUUUAUUUUGUUAAUAAUAAUUUAAGUUUAAUAGAGGAAGAAUCAUUUAUUAAUAAUACUAGUGAAUUUUAUACUAGUGACGAUAUCGUUUUAGCAAUUAAAACAUUAAAAUGUGAAAUAGAAUCACUAAAUAACGCGCAGCAAGAUAACAUUCUACAGGACAAAAAUCUCUGGUCAGACAGAGUAACAACACCAGUGGAGAACUUACCGUUCAGUCUCGUACUGCGCAAAAACAAGCGUCCACGGUCAGACAACAGCAGCACCAAUCGCAGUGAAACCGAUAGCAACAACGCCAAUCGUCAAAACAACAACAUCAUGAAAUAUUCAGAGGUUACAAAAAAAGUUUCAAAUAAAAUUGUUGGAAACAAAGUUAGCAAUGAUUGCAAAUUGAAAGCGGAGAAACAGCUGAUAAAAAAGUCAUUUUUCAUGAUGAGCAACAUUCAGCGAUGCCACCGAGAUGAUGUUGUUGAAUACUUCUCAACAAAUGGAAUCAAGUGCACAAUGUUCAGAGUGUGUGUCGAAAGUUGUGACGCCAGCAAGAUGAAAGAUCCUGACAUCAUUUUGAAGCACAUCAUCGUGCCAAAAUUUGAAAAUAUAAACCAAUUUAAUAACCAAUUUAAACAAAUACAUUACAAUAAUUCCAAUAUAAAAUCAUUUUUUAAUCUCAUGCAUAUCAACAUCAGAAGUUUAAUACACAAGGCAGAUGAGUUGUUUGAUUAUUUAAACAAUUUUGUGUGCACAUUUGACGUCGUAGCCAUCACUGAAACAUGGAUUAAUGAUAGUACAGAAGAUUUGAUUUGUAUGAACGGUUUCAAAUUCAUCGGAAAAAAUCGAUUGAGCAAACACGGUGGAGGAGUAGGAUUCUACGUAAGCAAUAACUUGACCUUCAAGACAAGAGAUGAUUUAAACAAAUUGGGAGGUCUAGAUUUUGAAACUUUCGCAAUUGAAUUAAAGACUGACCCUUCAACCAAAAAUUUUGUCAUUGUUGUAUCAUACAGACCACCCAGUUGCAACGCGAUCUAUUACCUGCAGCAAUUGGAAAUUAUAUUGCAACAAAUAGACGUUGAAAACAAACAUGUUGUUAUCACAGGUGACCUCAACAUUGAUAUGAGUGACACGAACGAUGAUGUUAACAAAAUGUAUUUAUGUCAACUUUUUACCUGCUACAGUUUUGAUCAGUUAAUAACGCUUCCAACAAGAAUCAGUGUUGAAAAGCAAUCAAUCAUCGACUGCUUUUCCGCAACAGGUAGCGUUAUGUGGUGUGCACGUUCAUGA